AUUCAAAAUUCGAAUGUCAACACAAGAUGGCGCAUUUAUUAGUCAGUCGGUCUCAGGAGUUCUUGUUAUGAUAAUUUCCGAGAGAUGUUUGUGAAGUUUCGUAAAUAAUUACUCAAAAAUAAAUUAAAACUUAGUGAACAAUUGAUGGUAUUUUGUUGGAAGAGUAGCUGAUAGAGGAGAGAGAGACAGAGAAAGAAAAAGAGACGCGAUGGAGAAGCCGCAGAAAAUGCCGAAAGUGGCCAAAGUGAAGAACAAGGCUCCGGCCGAGGUGCAGAUCACCGCCGAACAGCUGCUGCGUGAGGCCAAGGAACGCGACUUGGAAAUUGUGCCGCCGCCGCCCAAACAGAAGAUCUCCGACCCCGAGGAGUUGGCCGACUACCAGCACCGGAAGCGACGCGCCUUCGAGGACAACAUCCGCAAGAACCGCAUGGUGAUCAGCAACUGGCUCAAGUACGCUCAAUGGGAGGAAAGUCAGAAGGAGGUGGCCCGUGCGAGGUCCAUCUACGAGCGAGCGCUAGACGUGGACCACCGCAACAUCACGCUGUGGCUCAAGUACACCGAAAUGGAGAUGCGCAACCGACAAGUCAACCACGCCAGGAACCUGUGGGAUCGCGCUGUCACCAUCCUCCCUCGAGCCAACCAGUUCUGGUACAAGUACACCUACAUGGAGGAGAUGUUGGGCAAUGUAGCGGGGGCCCGUGCUGUGUUCGAACGCUGGAUGGAGUGGGAACCCGACGAGCAAGCGUGGUUAACCUACAUCAAGUUCGAACUCCGCUACAAAGAGAUCGAUCGUGCCCGCACUCUGUAUAACCGUUUCGUGAUGGUGCACCCUGAUGUGGCAAACUGGAUCAAGUAUGCUCGUUUCGAAGAGAACCAUGGUUUUGUGACCGGUGCUCGGAAAGUCUUCGAGCAGGCAGUGGAGUUUUUCGGGGAGGAAACCCUCGAUGAAAAACUGUUCAUCGCGUUUGCCAAGUUUGAGGAGGUGCAGAAGGAACACGAUCGGGCAAGAGUUAUCUACAAGUAUGCGCUAGAUCACAUCCCCAAGGAACGCACAGCAGAGUUGUACAAAGCCUACACAAUCCACGAGAAGAAAUACGGCGAUAGAACGGGCAUCGAAGAUGUGAUAGUCAGCAAACGGAAGUUUCAAUAUGAGGAGGAAGUCAAAUCCAACCCUAACAACUACGACGCCUGGUUUGAUUUGUUGAGACUAGUCGAAGAUGACGGGAAUUUGGAUACAAUUCGCGAGACCUACGAGAAAGCGAUCGCUAAUGUUCCUCCUAGUAGAGAGAAGGAAUACUGGAGGAGGUAUAUUUAUCUGUGGAUAAACUAUGCGCUGUUUGAAGAGCUGGAGGCUGAGGAUGAGGAACGCACCCGGCAGGUGUACAGGGCUUGUUUGGAUCUCAUCCCCCACAAAGUGUUCACAUUCACUAAAAUCUGGUUGUUAUACGCACAUUUCGAGAUCCGCCACAAGAAUUUGACUGUGGCUAGGAAAACGCUGGGUAUGGCGUUGGGUAUAUGUCCUAAGGAUAAACUGUUUCGUGGCUAUAUCGAUUUGGAGAUACAGUUGAGAGAGUUUGAUAGGUGUAGAGUGUUAUACAGGAAGUUCAUAGAGUUUGGAAACGAGAACUGUAUCACGUGGAUGAGGUUUGCUGAGUUGGAGACGUUGCUGGGGGAUACAGAUAGGGCGAGGUCGAUCUAUGAAUUGGCGAUCAAUCAACCGAGGUUGGAUAUGCCUGAGUUGUUAUGGAAAGCGUACAUUGAUUUCGAAACUAGUUUGGGGGAAAUGCAGAACGCUAGACAGUUGUAUGAGAGGUUGUUGGAGAGGACACAUCAUGUGAAGGUUUGGAUGAGUUACGCGCAGUUUGAGUUGGCGAUCAGCAGUGAGGAGGGCAUUGACAACGUGGCACAAGCCAGGCAGGUCUACGAGAGGGGAAACAAUUCGCUGAGGACCUCGGGUGAGAAGGAGGAGCGAGUCAUGUUGUUGGAGGCCUGGAAGGAUUUGGAACGUAAACACGGGUCACCGCAGUCGGUCACUAUGGUUGAGAACAAGAUGCCGCGUCGUGUCAAGAGGAGGCAGCGUGUUAUGGCUCAGGAUGGCACCGAUGAGGGGUGGGAGGAGUUUUUCGAUUAUAUUUUCCCUGAAGAUGAAGCUGUGAAACCGAACCUUAAGUUGCUCGCUAGUGCGAAGGCCUGGAAGAAGAAGCAGGAGGUGGAGGAGGAGCUGGUUGAUGAGGAGAAUGAUGAAUGAAAGAAGAAAGAUGAUGAUUUUUGUCAAUGAAUUAGGGUUGUUGGGGUUUGUGAAUAGGGAAAUUAAAAAGUAAGAAAAUUGAAUGAAUAUUUCAUAUUUAUAAAAUAACAUCAUAGUACCCUUUUUUGAAAAGUUUUUAAUAUGAAAUUUGUAUCAACAAAUGAAUGAAUGAAUAAAAUAACAUAUUAAAAACACACUGUUAUAUUUAUAUUAAAAACUUUCCAAAAAAGGUACUGUGAUGUUAUUUUAUAAUAAAAAUAACUAGCCGUGCAUACAUACAUUUUAAGAAUAUUUUUCAUAAUAUUUUUCUGAGAAGGAACUAGAAGAGUGUUUUAUCUUACUGUAUGAUUAGAGUUUUUGUUCAGUAUUUAAUAUAACAAGAAGCAGGAGAGCAGGUAGUACGGAAUCUGGAAAAAGAGACUUCUGAUUUGAUGUACUGUAGUACUUAGUUUUCGUUUUUGAAGACACAUUUAAUCGAUUAUAGAAAUCUAGUGAACCUUGAAGUUCUUCUUAGAACCCUUCGUCUGAUUCAAGUAAGGAUCAUUUCAUCAUGAAAAUCAUUGAAUAGAUGACAAAAUAAAUUGACAAAUAAUUUUUUGGGAUACAUCAAAUAAUAUGUUUUUGACUGAAAUUUAAAUUAGUUUCCAAUCUGACAACUUUAUGUACAAGUGUUGCUCGAUUUGAAGGAAUCCGGGUGCAUGAUUUUACAGACUCCAUCUUUAUUUUUUGAAAUUAGUUGACAAAAACCGUUGUUGAGUUUCUAGUAAGCAUUGUUUUAAUUGUGUAAAUAUCAUAUUGAUUGAAUUAUUUGACAAUGUCUAUCAUUGUUGUGUAAUAAAACCUUCUAUUCAUGGAUGA